AUGGAGACGAACCACAUCGACAGCCUCCUGGAGCGCUACCUCGUCCUGCUGGACGAGUACACAGCCUUGCGCGAGCACCUCAGCGGGACUCAGGCGGGCAUGUAUCAGAACAUUGCACGAGCCAACUUCUCCGCGGAGAGGGGUGUCCGUUACGGGCCGGAUUACUACGACGAGCGCAUGCGGGCUUCGAGGACCCUCGAGCUGGCUGUGGAUGACAGGGGUGUCCCCCGCUUUGAGGUUGUCAAGGUUGUGGAGGGGGGUGAUGCUGUGACGGAGCCGAAGAGGGAGAGCACGGAGGCUGCCGCGGCGGCGAAGAAUGAUGAUGAUGAUGUCGAUGAGGCCUCGGGCACGGAGCCGGAAGCGGCGACCUCUGUCGAUGGGCAGCAGACGGAGAAAGAAGCCAAGAAGGAGGAGGAGGAGGAGGAGGAGACGGAGAAAGAGAAGGAAAAGGCGAAGCAAAAGACGAAGAAGAAGAGCAAUGAUCCUCUCCGAUGGUUCGGGAUCCUCGCGCCGAUGCCUUUGAGACAGGCGCAAACGCUCUCGGUGCAGGUCGUGCAGGAAACCAUCCCCCGAUUAGUCUCGGUGGACGCCGAGAUGAAGGAUAUCGAGAUCGAGGUCCGCCGGGCGAGGAAGAGGAGGGCCAAGGCUGAGGCUGCGGCGGCGUUGAAGAGGGCCGAUGUAGAGGAGGGCGCGGAAGCUGUUCGAAGGGAGACGCAAGCUCCAGUGGCUGCUAUUUGA